AUGAUCCAACCUCACACUAGAAGAUCAACAUUAAAACACUGCAUGAUUAUUUUUAGAGUUCAUAAUCCACAGCUUACCAGCUUUACUCGAUUAACUCAACUUUCUGCUUACAGACAAAUGGGAUGGGAAAAUCUGACCCGCGACUCAAUAUUUUACCUCCUGGGCUUCUCUGAGCAGCCAGAACAGCAAGAGGUACUCUGUGGGCUCUUCCUGUCCAUGUACUUGGUCACCAUGGUGGGCAACUUCCUCAUUAUUCUGGCCAUCAUCACUGAUGCUCAACUCCAUACCCCCAUGUACUUCUUCCUGGCCAACCUCUCUCUCACUGAUGCCUGCUUUGUGUCCACCACAGUCCCUAAGAUGCUGGCAAUCAUAUGGAUCCAGAGUCAGGCCAUCUCGUACUCAGGGUGUCUAUCACAACUGUAUUUUUUCAUAUUGUUUGUGAUGCUGGAGGCCUUCCUCUUGGCUGUGAUGGCCUACGACCGCUUUGUGGCCAUAUGCCACCCACUCCAUUACAUCAUGGUCAUGAGCCCUGGACUUUGUGUCUUCCUAGUGUCUGCAUCCUGGGUCAUGAAUGCCCUCCAUUCCCUUCUCCACACACUCCUGAUGAACAGCCUGUCCUUCUGUGCAGACCACAAGGUCCCACACUUCUUCUGUGACGUCAAUCCCCUCCUGAGUAUCUCCUGCUCAGACCCCUUUGUCAAUGAGGUGGUGAUUUACACUGUUGGGGGUUUUUCAGGCUUGGUUUGCGUGCUUUGUCUGAUUAUCUCUUACGCAUACAUUUUCUCAACCAUCCUGAAGAUGCCCUCAGCUCAGGGGAAGCGAAAAGCCUUUUCCACCUGCAGCUCUCAUCUCUCUGUGGUCUCUCUCUUCUUUGGGACUUCCUUUUGUGUUUAUUUCAGUCCCCCCUCGACCCACUCAGCAUGGAAGGGCACAGUUGCAUCGGUGAUGUACACAGUGGUAACCCCAAUGUUGAAUCCGUUUAUCUACAGUUUGAGGAACCAAGAUAUCAAGUCUUCCCUGAGAAAGCUAAUUUGGGUUAGGAAAAUCAAUUUCCUUUAG